AUGACAUUGAAGCUAACCUUGGUUCUAGUGCUACAUGAUCAGCUGCUGGCUGCUCAGCAGCAUUUGACACAUCCCCAGCAAACGCGUCCUCAACCGCCGCCGCCACAACCCCCGCACAUGCAACCCAACAACACGAGCCCGCGCGACCAAAACAAUAUUGAUCCCGCUAUAUCAGGGGCGUCGAUGCUCAGCGGGCCCCCGCAGACUCCUCCGCAACCAGAACCGACGGGGCCGGAGUCUCCGAAGACGUAUGGCAAGCGACCGUUGUCUACUUCGAAGCGUGCUGCUCAGAACCGUGCCGCUCAGAGAGCGUUCCGUCAACGGAAAGAAAGCUAUAUCCGCAAGCUGGAGGAGCAAGUCAAGGAGUACGACAACAUGUCGGAUGGUUUCAAGGCCCUGCAGGCGGAGAACUAUCAGCUCCGCGAGUACAUCAUCAACUUGCAAUCCCGGCUACUUGACUCCCAAGGAGAGGUCCCUGAGUUGCCCGGAAAUAUUGACCUGAGCCAGCCGCGGGCGGAUGUGAAUGUCACAACUGGCGCCGGCUCGGCGCAGGCUGCCAAUGCCUCUUCUGGCGCUCAGCAAACCCAGCCCAAUCAGAACCAGGCGGCCGGAUCUAAUGAUGAUAUGAACUCUUUGAACCGGAUAGCGAGUGCCGGCCUCGGGAUGCGCAAGCACCCCAACGAGGAAGCCAACUACCUUGGGAACAACUUUGGAGUCCGGCGCCCUCGGGCGGACGAGAACCAACCGGACGGUUCAGAAGUGACCAAGACGGAGCCUUCACACGGGCUCCCUAUCGUGUCAUGA